UCCUCUGCCCCUCGCUCCCUGCGUGCGCCGGGGCCCCGCGCGGUCCGGGGGGCGGGAGGAUCUUGCUGCAGCGAAAGGCGCGUGCGGCUCCGCGCCGGGCCCUGCCCGAAAACGGCCCGAGCAGCCGCUGGGGCUCGGAGUAAAAUCGCUGCUUGGGGGGCGCGGCGGCGGCCCCGGGAGCGGAGUGGGGCUGAUCGGGCAGCGGUUCCACAGCUGAAUUCAACGCCCCGGGCCUGCCACCGCCGCUUGCAGCCCUGUUGGGUUCGAGGGAGCUGCGUGUCCCGAGUGAGGGGUGUAGGGUCAGGCUGGGCGCGCUAACAGCGAGAGGAGCCCCAGUACCUUACAGGGAGGGUUGGACGGUAGCUGCAUCCCGUCAUAGCGUUUGGCUUUGCACAGGCCCUUUUGCUCCCCUCCAUUGUGAAGCCCAGAAAGGAUCUAACUAAGUGGGGUGGAGCAGCCCACAAAGCAGGGUGGAUGGUGGGUAGUAGAGCCUGCCCAAGUCCAUCACCACCCCGUGCCCACCAGGGGCGGCUGUUCUCGCUUGGGGUUCUCUUCUCUAUUUCUGAGCUGUUGCAGUGUCAGCCUUUGGCUGGUAUUUUUACAUAUAGUCUGUAUUUUUCAUAGCUUGUUCCAUUUGCUGGGGGUUUUCUAUGUGGUACACCUAAAUUCAAUGUAACUGUUACUGGAUGAGUGACAAUGUGUAAAGUCCCAUUAAAAUCUGCAUUACCAUUCCUGAUCUGAAGUAUCCUAAAUGAGAGAUGAAAAACCCACCAGGACUAUCACAAUGAGUCUCCGGAAGCAAACCCCUAGUGACUUCUUAAAACAAAUUAUAGGAAGGCCUGUUGUUGUAAAGUUAAAUUCUGGAGUUGAUUAUCGAGGUGUCCUGGCUUGCCUGGAUGGGUAUAUGAACAUAGCUCUGGAGCAGACAGAAGAAUAUGUAAAUGGUCAAUUAAAGAACAAAUAUGGGGAUGCAUUUAUCCGAGGAAAUAAUGUUCUGUAUAUAAGCACACAGAAGAGGAGGAUGUGAAGAUGCGUAAAGAGAGAUGUUUUGUACUGCUGCAUUUUUUCCUAAAUGAUGAGAACUGUUUGAUUUGUAGUUAGUAAUUCUUGGUUGAACAAUACAGCUGUUUAAAUAUUUCUGUUAUUUGCUGUAAAGCUGGAUUUACUGCAGUGACUGUGGAGAGAAGGGUUUUUUUAAAUUCCAAACUACCAAAAUACAAUUGUAAACUUUCCUGAACACUUGAUUUGUGAAAAAGUGCUUUGUUACACUGUGCAGAAUUAAAUAAAAAAUGGAAAAGUA